AUGGACAACGAGGGCGUCGAGGCGGCGCGGCCGGGGACGGCCGACAGCGACGCGAGUUCGUACGCAUCGCGUCGGCAGCGCUGCAAGGACUACACGCUCAAGGUGAUCGCCUUUCUCUUCUCCAACGUCGGCCUCGUCGGCCUCGUCACGGGCUACUGCGUUAUGGGCGCCUUCGCUUUCAUGGCGCUCGAGGAGGACGAGGAGCGACGACGCAAGAUGGCCGUGCACGACAUCCGCGUCGGCGUCGCGACGAAGAUCGUGCAGCAGUUGCGUCUGGCGAGCGCGCACGACGACAACUGGGAGGCGCUGGUCGAGGAAAAGCUGAAGGAGUUUCAGGGGAAGCUCGCGGUGUUCAUGACCGGACAGGGAUUCGAUGUGAACAUGGAACACACGCAGUGGACGUUCAUAGGCGCCAUGUUGUUUUGCAUCACCGUGGUAACGACGAUAG